UUCCUUAAACAAAGAGGAGAAAGGCAGGGCUUGAAGAAGCUGACAUCUGUCGGCUUCAAAAGAGAAAAGGGAAAUUACAGAAUGUGGAAGAGCAAAGUGCACGAAAGGCAGGGCAUGAUUGUGUGAUUACCAUACACCUGAAAUCAGCGCGGUGCAUCACCACACUGCUCGACCUCAGUGGGACAGAAACAGAGAAGAAGGCAAAAAGGAAGGGGUGAGCAGGAGAGGAGACGGAUAAGGAGCAGGUGAGGAGGGUGGAGUUAAGACAACACCGAGCGUGGAACGUAGACAAACAGAGAGCGGCUCAUUGAUCCCCUGAGUCCUGACGUUGCCUGAGAAAAACAAGACAAUGACGAGGUGAACAGCACGGCUGAAGCCUGGUGUGUGGAAAGUGCCUGAUGACCGCGUGAAUGGGGGGAAACAUGAGCCUGCGAUAGAAGGAUCUGGCAUUUUCUUGGGGAUAUAAGUCACAACUGAAGGAGCUGAGGAUGUCUUCGUUAUCAGAAGCAGACUACCGCUGCAAACACGGAGAUACCAUCUGUGAGAUCCGCGUCUAUGAGCAGGAGGUGAUCGUCGUGCCCAUCUUGCUGCUGGCCAGCUUCCUGGUCACUUUGGUUUUCAUUUUGCUGCUGCGCUUUUGUCCAGAGAAAGUUGAUCGGAUGCGUCCAAAGGCCUCAAAGUCGACAACCAGGAGAGUACUGCAUGGUAUUGAUGCUCCACCAGGUCUCAAUGUCCUGGAGCAUGAAAGCAUCGCUCUGGACAUGCCCAGUUCCUACUCCACCUUCCAGCCCCCGAACACCUACUCCUCAAAAGCCCUCUCUGUGAGCACACUCUCUCUCCCGCCCAACCCCCCAAAGCAGCCGUUCAAGCCCAGUUUCACUCCCAUCGUCCAGCCCAGGGAGUUGCCCCGCCAGAGGUUGCCCGAGUCCUUCAACCUGGUCACCCCUCUGCCCGCUGCCUUCAGCCUGCACUCCGACUCCUCUGUGUCGCUCUACAGGGCCCGUAUGGAAAACAGGAAUGUGGUCCUGCGGGUGCUAAAUGACUCUGCCGGUGCCACAGAAAGACACAGCUUCCUGGGCUUUGCGUCCUUCCUGGCCCAGCUCGGACCGCACCCGUUCCUGCCGGAGCUUCUCGGCGUGGUGUCGCUGCGAGCUCCUCUGGUCACAGUGAUGGAGGAGAUGGAGAACAGAGACCUGCUCAGCUUCCUGUGGAGAUGCAGACAGGAACAUGUAGAUCCUCCAUGUGAAAUGACUGAGAGACGGAUGUAUACUAUGGCCACACAGGUGGCUUCAGCACUGGAGUUCCUCCACGGCAAAGAUCUGCUCCAUGGAAAUAUCCGAGCCCGCAGCGUACUGGUCAGCAAGGGGUUCACGGCCAAGCUCUGGGGUCUGCACGGCGUCUACACCAGGAAGAACCAGGGAGCGACUUGGAAAGAAGAUCUCAGCAUGAAGAAAUGGCAGGCGCCAGAGGUAUUAACCAAGAGGCCUGUCAGCCAGAGCAGUGACGUCUGGUCAUUUGGCGUCUUACUGUACGAAAUGGCAUCACUGGGUGAGGCUCCAUUUGCAGAAAUCUCAGUGAAUGAACUUCUACAGUUUCAUCAAAGAGGGAAGAGUCUGAAAAAACCCACCAACUGCUCCAACUCGCUGUACUCCAUCAUUAAAGGUUGCUGCCACUGGAAGGACCAGGAUCGACCCUCCCUGGCAGAAGUGAGCCGAAAGCUCCUCUCGGGAGAGAAGAGCGCCUCUGACAAAGUCCUCAAGGCGUCUGGGACGGUUAACAUCGAGCAGUAUCUGCAGGAAGCAGGUUACGGGGAAGCCAACAGCUACACUGUCUUCUGAUCAGAAAAAAUACAUCCAUUGCACAAAUACCCCAGUGGUGCACUUUUACAACACCAGUCUUUCAGGUGCAACGGGCGUGUUCCAAGCUCUGUGUACAAUUGCUGUGGGCACUGAAAUUAUUCUUUUAUUUGGUUUUGUGUAUUGAUACGUGUGUUAAAUAAGUUAUUUACCUUUUGGAGCCAUUUAUUUUAAAAUGACAACUUGUUUUGUGGGGGGAAAAUACAAGUCAUUUUGUUGUAGUGAAUAUGAAGAUAUGUAAACUUGACCAAUGUACAGCUGCUGCAGUCUGACCUUGCAGUAGACACUGUCAAAAUGAUGGUUUACAAAUGUUUACAACUUGAAGUCAGUGUAUAUUAAAAUAUGUAAUAUAAGUUAUUACUGAAUCUUUUUUGGCAGUUGUGGAAACGACAUAUUCAUGCAAUAACACUACUUUAUUGUUACACUCAUUUUCUCUUUAAGCUCAGUUCAUGUGGAUGUACUGUACAAGAAAAUGAGCUGAACAAUUUAAAUUUGAAUAAAUAAUCAUUACAAGA